AUGAUGGCAGCUCACGGGGCAGCAGCAGCCGGCGCAGCUGGCGGGGCAGCUGGCAGGGCAGCUGGCGGGCAGCUGGCGGGACAGCAGCGGCUGGCGAAGUAUCAGGUGGAGUUGCGGCCGGUGCAUGUGUCCACGAUGGUGGUAGCUUGUGGGGCAGAAGCUGGCGUGGCGAGUUUUGAGGCGCCUCAAAAGGCGGCCGAGGGCGCGACGGGCGUUGACGGUCGCUGUGACUCGCGGGGUGACAAGGCGCAGGUGAAGCGAGGUGGGGCGAGGUGGGGCGAGGUGCCAGAAGUUGGGGCUGAUGGGUCAUUUGGUGGAGGGGCAGUGACGAUCUGCGCUGCACCAACCUCAUGUGCCCCCAGAGGCUGGUUGUCGCAUCGCAGAGCCUUGCAUGUCUCGCCUGUGAGUGGCCCUCUCUCAUCUGUGCCCGGCCUCACCUCCCUCACACAGGCAUGUGGUGGGUCACCGAGCCUUGCAUCUGCCGCCUCGGAGUGGCCCUCUCGCACUUACCACGCCUCACCUCCCUCUCUCUCGCUCACAACGGAGACUCUCCCCGAAUCGCUCUCCUCUCCCCCCCUCCACCUCACGUCCGCCCUUCCACACCUCCAGUGA